AUGGCAAAACAAGCUUUGCACACUAUCUAUGAGAUUAAAAAAAUCGUGGAUGGACCAAAAGUUGUGGAAGACACUAAGGGGAAGAAAGUAAAAAUGUACAAGGUCAGGUGGCAGUAAGUAUUAUCAGGUUACUUAUUUAUAUUUAGAUGGUAAACAAUUAUAUAAUGAUGCUUAUUAUUAAAAUUAAUUACUAACAAGUUGUUUGUAUGACUCCAAAUAUGUGUCAGUAAGCCAUACAUAACAAUAUGUGGUCAUGACAAUGACUAAUAACUUUGGUCAGAUAAGAAUAAUAACACGUUUAGUUGACUUACAUCAUCGGCAAAACAUUUAUCACUUACACAACUUCAUUUUAGAGACACCUUUGAACCAGAAUGUAAUUUGCCAAAAAGAGAGAUUCAGAUAUAUCGGUCAAAAAGGAAGGUUGGUGCAGUUACCAUUCGUUUACAGUUUUUUUAUUUGAAAAUUUAUUUUGAAAAACCAAAUUCAACAAGCUUUAUAAAAAUUUUUUAUUUUAGCGAAAAAUUAAAAUCAUUGGCCCAGUACCAUCGGAUGGGUACACUAGUGGAAGUUUAAAGAAUAUGAAUUUUGCAGUUGAAUAGUAAGUACAAGUUUAGAUUAUUGUCAUACUCAGUUGUUAAAUCUAUUUUAUGUUUUUGUUAUUUUUCAACAUAACUAUGGCUAUUUAAGAUGUAUAUGAUACCGAUUUUAGCGAUGACAACGUUUACAUUCAUCCUUACAAAAAACUAAAAGCCGACUACAAAGACGAGUUGAUCGAGUUUUUUGAAAAAUGUUCGCGAGCAGAGGAAGCAGACUCUGCCUUUACCAGAUGUUCUUCAAGUUCAUAA